AUGUCCCAUGUUUUGAUGCGUACAGAGAAGGAGACGGGCCUCCUUCUCCCUACAGACAAUUUAAGGAACAUCCUCAAAACAUGUGUCUCAUUAGAACUCCCGCCUCAGAGCCCAGAAGACCCAACGCCAACAGCGAAGGCAACGCAGACCUCUUCAGCGCGCCUCAGCCUCAAAUACGGCACCGCAUCACCACCGACAUGGAGCAUCUGA